AUGGCAAUAGAACAAAAAUGGUGGCCAUGGAGGCCAUCUCUAUUUAAUCAAUAUCGUAUCCGUAUUACAAAUGAAUUACGUCUUGCUCAACGACAUGAACAUUGUAAAGAAUUACGUCAUCAAAUAGAUCUUGUUGAAUAUGAUAUUAAUGAAAUACUUAAACAAAUGACACCAAUUGAUUUUACACAAAUAGAUUCUAAAUUAAAUUCAUGUAUAGCUUUAUAUCAAACUAAACAAAAACAUAUACUUAAAGAAUAUAAUCAUAUAAAAAAACAAUUAAUUCAUCUUACACCAAAACUUCUUAUUGGUAAUGCUUAUUUACAUACUCGUUAUAAUGAAUUUUCAAUAAAAACACAAUUAACAAAUAAUAAAAAAAGACGUAAACGUUUAAAAUUAACUAUUGAACAACAAUGGAAAAAAGGUAUUAAUGAUGCAUAUCGACGAUUACAAAUUCAACGAGAUAAAGAUGAUAUAUUAAAACAAACUCAAACUGUAAAUAUUUCUAUACCUAUAAUUCAUAAUUAUUCUCUUGAUAAACAACCGAUUAUUAAUGAUAUACAAGAAUAUGAAUUUAUACCACCUUUACCACCAGUUCCAAUUGAUGAAAUAAUCAUUCCAUUUCAAACACCACCACCAAUAUCAUGUCGAUUAACACCAUCGGAUCCAUUUCAAUUAACUGUUGAUGAUACGAUUGUGAAACCACAUCGUCAUAUUAAUAAAACAUUAGGAAAUAUUACUCAUAUGUCAUUUCAUAUUGAACCUGAUCAAUGUUCAUCACCGAAAUCAGAAGAUAAAAAAAAGAAAACAAAAUUAAAAAAAUUAAUAUUACCACCACCACUACCACAACCACCUCCGCCACCAUUAUUUAGUUCGACAGCUAUUUUUGAUACACAUGCUUUUUUUACACAAACAAAUACCAAAACAAAAAAACAAAAGAAAAAAAUUGAUAUUGCACGUCAACCUAUUAUAAUGACAACUAAUGAUAUACAAAAGAAAAAAAGUCGAAUAAAAAAAUCAUCUCCUUAUGAUUUUCAAGAUGAUGAUAUGAGUACAUCAACACGAACGAAAGGUGGAAAAUUAUUAACCGAUGAUAUAAUAACAGCUCGUUUUGCUAAAAAUAGUCAUUAUCAAAGUCAUCAAUCAUCGAUGGCAAGUACAAAAUCAUCAAAAUCUCAGCAUAAAUCAAAUGAACGAGAACAUAAGAAAAAAAAGAAAAAUAUAUUAGGUAUUGGUACAUCAAGUCCAUCAAUAUCAUCAACAACAAAUUUAAUAUUAUCACCCGGUCGAUUAUCAACAGAUGAUGAUUAUGAUAUGAAAUCAUCAUUAUCAAGACAUUAUAAUCGUACAAAAUCAACAAAUAAAAGUAAACGAACACGUGUAAAAUAA